CAGUGUCAGUGUCAAUACAUCACCGACUGAACCGAAUAGAAUCAACAAUUGCAGAAAAUAAUACGUAACAAGACGAGACUAAGUUUCAAUGUAAUAAAACAUAUUUAAUUUUGUCUUUUUUACUAAUUUGUUCGAUUCUAUAUUGCUCAUACGAAGAAUAGUGUGUUAAAAGAAUCUUAACGCGAAUAAUCUGUGGUUAUGGCGUAGCAGUGACUAUAGGUUUCAUUCGCAAUUCCAUCUGUGUUGAAGACUGGUGAUUUAAUAUUGUGAAACUGUAAUAUAAAAGAACGAAAAUGUUUUUGAAACCAAGACAAGUAAUUAAAUUAGGCUAUCAAAAUUACCGUAUCGUAUCUAGUAGACUGUACGCCGCUCGAAAAAAGGCCGUGGCAUCUGUUUCAACAGAUGGAAUAAAUAUAAGCGAUAGUUGUGUACAGAGGCUAAAACAAUUGUGUACCAAUGAAGACAAUUUCCUGAGAGUGUGUGUGGAGAGUGGUGGCUGCUCGGGAUUUCAAUACAAAUUUGAUUUAGACACAAAAAUAGCUGAUGAUGACAAAAUAUUUGAAAAAGAUGGAGUCAAAGUAGUAAUUGAUGAGACCUCCUUGGAUUUCAUCAAAGGUUCAACAGUGGACUACCAUACUGAGCUCAUCAGAGCGGCGUUUAGAAUAACACAAAAUCCAAAUGCUGAGUUAGGAUGCUCCUGUGGUGCAAGUUUUUCUGUAAAACUUGAUUAGUUAGUGAAUUUUACCUAGGCCAUUGAAUUAAACCUAUAAAUAUAGGUAUUUAUUAAAGAUAUGCUCACAUUAUGGGGAAACUAAAACCCAUACAAUUUUGUAAUACCUAGUACAUACUUAGGAAACCUUUCAGAAAGGGCUAUGUGACUACCAAAAAUGUAGAUUUUUUAUGUAGAUAUUAAAAUUAACUGACAUUGAAGCAAUUUGUUUGCAGCUACACCCUAAAAACUUGUGUCAUUUUUAUUUUGAUUUAUUCUAAACAAUUAGUUUUCUUUGUAUAAUAUAUAUUUUUUUAAUAAUAAUAUAGUUAUUUACAGUAACUCUAAAUUGAUUUUUAGGCUGCGGACUGGCUUUGUCCCUUGACUAGUUUUAUCCUAAAACAAAGAAAUAUGCAUACUAACAAACUUGAUUGUGUGACCAUUAGUAAUGUUUGUAUAUAUUUAGUGGUUUUAGUUUGUCUGUGAUAUAAAAAAUAUUUAUUUAAUAAUGCUGUAGAGAGAGUAGAGUACCUACUAGCAAUAGCUAUGCUAAUGUGAGAAUGUUACUAAUAAACAUUGUAAUGAAAUA